UCCAGUCCGUGUGGGGCGGAAACACACCACUGAAAGGAAAACAGAAACAGUAGAAGAAGAAAAACAGGAAAAGCGGCGGAUGUUUUGGAAAACAGUCGGCGUUAAGGAAAAUGUCCAAAAAGUCAAAAAAGAGAAGACACAAGAAGUCUUCAUCCUCAAGUGAAGAAGAUGAGAAGGUAUCAACGGAACAAGAUGGCAAGAGAAAGAAAGCUGUAAAGAGUCACGAGAGGAGCCAUAAGGAAAAAGAAAAAUCUUUUCCCUCUACUGUUAAAGAUGACUCCCAAAGCAGCCGCCAGAUCAAAAAGCCUGUCUACAGAUUGGCAAACACACAAGCAACAGAACAGAAACCCAUUAAGAAGGAAGAACAAUGUACUAAAACAAAAAGUGUCUCUGCGCCAUUCCGUGGGGAAAAUUGCUCCAGCAAAGCAAAACAUGAUGUUUCAGGGAAAGGUAAAACUGUCAGUGGAAGUAAGACUGUGGAAAGGGAACCCUCAACACACUUGAACACUAGCAGUUUACAUACACCUCCUCUGAGAACAGAGAAGACGUCUAAAGACAGGUUAGAUGAAAAGUCUUCCCAGAGGAGCCCAUCCAAAUUAAGGAAGUGCUCAACAAGUCCCAGUUCAGUCUCUGCUGAACACAAGCGGAGGCACGAUUCACACAGGAGGAAGCAUAUAGCUAAGGAACCGUCAAGAACCAGAAAUGACAGUAGCACUCACAAGACCUGGGAACCUACCUCUUCUUCCUCCAAGGAUUCUCUAGAGCAAAGAAGAAGGGAGCUGGUCAAAGAUGAGCACCACAGGCUUCAAGAAAAGGAGUCAAAGGCCAGAAGGAGCUUGUGUGCAGAGGCAGAAUCUUCCUCUGCCUCUGUCCCAAAGACGUCUUCCAGCUUAGCCAAGCAUACUUCUUCAGAGAGUUACUCUCAGGUGCUGAAGAAAGACACUUCAGUUUCAUGGACUGUCACAUCAGGGUCACACAAAACAGCUCAGUCAUCAUCUACUCAAACACAAAUACCUCCACUCAUACCGUCGAUGCCUCCUGAUUUUAAGAUACCAAAAAAGGUUCAGCCAAGACAAGUUGAUGACAAUAAAACAAUUUCCACAAUCACAAAUGUCAAACACGGAGUUAAGCUCUCAGACUCAGAGAAGGUUUCAGUGAGCAGCACGGAGCAGGAAACUGUCCAACAAGCUCACAGCUGUUUGGAUGUUGCACAUAAGUUUGAAGGACAAGAUAAAAAGUCGUCUUUGCCUCACCAGCUCCCAGCCACCACCACUAAGCCUUGGCAUGACCAGAUGCAAGUGGUUGAAGAGCUUCAUCUUGCUCGCUCUGAGAAGAGACUGGAGGUCAGUAUCAUGCAGAGCUAUGGGGAGCUCACCUGCAUGGACGUAGAUUCUGAAGGAGAACCACCCGCAGAUACACAAUGCAGACGGCCUCCUCAGCAAGGCCUGAUCCUCGUUCUGGACACCAACAUUCUCCUCAGUCACCUGGAUUAUGUGAAGAAGAUCAGAUUUCAUGGCCUUGGAGCCCUGGGCUUCCCUGUCAUCCUGAUCCCCUGGGUGGUGCUUCAGGAGUUGGAUUCCCUAAAAAGAGGAAAAGGCUUUGCAGGAUCUGUGGCCCACCUGGCAACUCCUGCUAUCUCGUACAUUUACAACUCGCUGAAGAGCCGAGAACACCUCUGGGGGCAGUCGAUGCAGCAGGCCGCUGAGAGCAUCAAUGGUCUGAAUGCUGAGAAUAAUGAUGACAGAGUGCUGCAGUGCUGCCUGCAAUACCAGAAUCUGUAUCCAGAGUGUGCUCUUAUCCUGUGCACCAAUGAUAAGAAUCUGUGCAGUAAAGGUCUCCUGAGUGGGGUGCAUACCCUCUGCAAGAGUGAUUUGGAGUCAAAGGUUCAGAGAUCCAGACAUGGCCUUGACAUGCUGGAAAACAUUCAGGCUCCCAUGCUGCCUCACGUCAGCCCCCAGGUCUCAUCAUCAAUGCUAAGCAGGAGCAGCACACCAGUUCAGCCACACAGUCAAGAGAAAGCAGGCUGUUCUGUCGGACUCACAGAGAAGGAUAUCAAGCGGCUCGGUGAAAGAGACGAGGAAAAGGCAAAAUGGGACCUUAGAAGAAAUGUUUCUGGACUAGAGGACUGUUUACUUGAGGUGCUGUCUGAUGUGUUAGAGGCGGAGAUGAAGGCUGCUUACGAAGACCUCUGGAUAGAGGUAGUUUAUCAAAAGCCACCCUGGACUCUGAAAGAUGUGCUGCAGUGUUUUAAAAAGCACUGGAUUGCUGUUUUUGGGUUCUGUGUCCCACGCAGUAAGCUGCAAACUGUUUUGAAUCUCAUCAACUUCUUUAACUCAGGUGAAACAGUGGACUGUAGCACUACCUCAGUGGCAAUUCAAGAAGCCAAGGAGCUUGUGAAAGCUUUCUCGAAAAGUUCGACCCUUGUUCCCAAUGCCAUCUUUGUAAUGGACGACAUAUUCAAUAAGCUGCAAUCUCAGCUGCAUCCAUCUGCGGAGGGCGAGUCUUCUUCCUCUGAUGUUGUCAUGAAUGAUGAUGAUGAAGAAGAGCAGCCCACACCUGCUCAGGUUUCUCACCAGGAAGUGUGGGCUGUGUUUGAGGGCAUCUGGUCUAAAGUUUACCCAAUGAGCUUGGAAGUGUUCAAAGCUCUGGGCUUUGACCCUUACACCAUGCAGAGUGCUCAGCCAGUGGGAGGUCCCCCACCGCCACAGGACGCCGUAGCCUGUUUGCACAAACUGUCCUCCAUGGUCUCACAGCUGCUCCAAGCCUUCAGCAGUGUUUUGUCCUCAGCUCCUGGUUUGGAGGAAGUCCAGAAUCUGCUCAGCAUCAUCCAGUCCAAUAAGCUUACUAAUGAAGAGUCCAGACUAACAGCCAAAGACCUUCUUGACUGUUUCUUACAACCAGACUACAGGGAGAAGCUCAGAGUCGGAGGGAGCCAGUUAAUGGAGCUGCAGCAGGCCUUGGAUCGUUGUGUCUGGGCCACGAGUCAACACACCACCUUCCCCAUGUAGCGCUGACUGGACCUGUGUCGGGACGUUUGCUCAUCAGCCGAGCAGAUGCUGGAAUACGCGACGCUUUACUUGGACUAAAAACUGUAAAUUAAAGGCGUAACUGCUCAGACUGAGCCUCUUGUGACUGGACCUGUUUACCUCUUCAUCCUCCAUCCACACAAAGGUUGAUUUCAACAGAGACUGUGUCCUCUGAGUGAAUGGACGCCUGUGGAUGUUCUCCAUCAUUCUAAAGGUUUGUUAGACAUUUUGUUUCCUGUUUUCCAAUAUGUGGAAUUCAGUGUUGCUUUGAGCAUUCUCCAACAAUCAUUCAGCUAUUUUACACUUGAUUCUCAGAUCUCCUCUCAAUCUUCCAGUCACAGAUGAGCAGCGAGUUUUCAUAUUUCAUCCUUCACAGAGCAUUUUUACAUUUUAAGUAACAUUUAAUGGAGAAAUGUUCAAGUACCUUGAAUUUUACGCAUAUAAUUAUUUAAAGAGAGCCAUUAAAUGACUGAUCUUUAUCGCAGCUUCUUACAGGUUAUAAAUUUGAGAGCAAAAUAUGUUUUAUGUAAGAGUUUGAUGUUUACAACAAGAAACUGCUGCAUUUAAUGAUUAUUUUUUUCAUUUUGGUUGAAGUCAAAUGUAAAAGAAAAAUGAGAAUUUAUUUUAAAAGAGUUGUAAAAUAUUUUGAAGCGUUGUCUUAUUAUUAAAGACUUAUUUUUCUUAUGUGCAUCCUUUGCAGUUGAAGGGAUUUCUAAACCGAUUCAUUCUUGUGGUAGUUCUGUUUUAAGGAGAACCUCACCUGCGUGGUGAUUGAUAGCCUGAGCGUGGCUGCAUGUGUGGAUGGUGAUGACUAAGCGGAUUAGGCGCAGGUGACGCCAGCAGACGGGCCGAGAUUACACUUGCCGCUAAUGUGACACAGAGAGAGGCUGAAGCGUCAGGCGUCAUGUACAGAGAGGUGAGGGGAAGACGAGGACAGUUAAUGAUGAUCUGAACUUAGUGUGUCGUGAAGUCACUGCAGAGCUUCUAUGAAACAUCUUGUUGGAUUCACACUGUUCUGUUUGUUUCAUAGCUUAUUAACUGUCUCAGAACAACUCACUGAUCAUUUAUUUUCAUAAGUGUGCAGUACAUUUCCUCUGUUACUACAAAAUGAAGCCGUUUUUGUUGUUUUGUCUGAAUUUAGUUUCCUGUGUUGGUUGUACAUUGUAUUAGGCCACCAGGGGAGAUUCAAAUGCUUUAACACAUUAAUAAAUACAACUAAGAGGAGGCCACCAUAACUUUACUGUUUUAGGUAGUGGGAUAACUGGACAUCAGCCUGCUUGGGUGUGUCCAGACAACGGCCCCUUUGUUUUGUUUUUGCCAUACUUUCAAAAUGUUGGAGCGAUCGACAUUUGUGUCAGCAGAGAUUAUCGGCAACUAACUUGUGAAUGAGCACAGGCGAGGGAUUUAACCAGCUCUGGCAGGCAGUCGGUGAUGUCUGAGGUCAUGCAGAUGCAGCCACAGCUCAGCUGGUCCCUUUUCAACACCUCCACAGCCCACAGUGACUGUCGUCAUCCCUUCCUGCUGAGGUCUGUUAGCCAGCUUAGUAUAAUCUCCCCGAAAAGACACUUGAGCCAGUAUUUUUUUUUCUGCUCCUCUCAGUGUGGUAGUCUGAGGAAAAUGGUGGCAAUGAAUGCACAGACAGCAGCGAUGAGGACGCAGUUACUAUUGGACUCCUAAAGGAGAGCUGAGGUAAAGGCUAAGUUUAGUCACCAGAUCAGCCGAUGGUCAUUUCAUCACGUUUUGCAGCAUCUGGUUCAGCCUUGUAAAAAGCGCAUAACACAACCAGUGUUACUCCUGCUUGAAGAGCCCAACACCUUACUAAGACACUCGAUUUUUCUUUCAAUUUUCCACCUUCCUGUUUCUUAUUUUCACUUGGAGCCACAUAUCGACAUGUUUAGAAACUAGACUGAAGACAGAAAUCAGAUUUAAAUGAUUUAUUAAUUAAGAAAUGUUACAAAUCUGAUAAUUCUCGCUCUAACAUUUCUUCCAGAAGAAUCUGCCAAUGCCUGACACUUUAAAAACACAAAAAAGAAAAAAAAAAGGAUUUUCAGUAAACUGCAUUUCUACAUACAUCAAUUAGUUAAAUCACAACAACAAAAGUUUGGUUAGCAGAAGCAUGGUUGUGCGUGUGUGGUGUGUGCACGAAAAAAAAAAACUAAA